UGCAUUUUCUCUCCUUUUUUUUCCAACCAAGCGCGCGCUUCUUCUUCCCACUUCUGCCUCUCCCUUCCCCAGGCGCUUCCCUCCUCGCCUCUGUCCUCAUCGCUGCCAUCCACUUUCCAGCCGCGGCUCCAGAAAUCGCCGGCCGCCGACUGGCCCCUCGAGCUUCUUUGUCUUCUACUCCUUAUUCGGUCCCAAUUUCAGGCUCGAGUACGUAGCCAAGGAUUUUGAAGCAAAAGAGGUUUGCGAGGCUAGAUAUGGUCGUGGCGGUGCUAAGUUUUGGGGGUUUUGGCAACGCCGUGACGGCCGCGAGGGAUAUUGUGGCGGAGGAGAGAGAGGCGUAUGGAUACCGUCGAGCUGAAGUCGGAGAGCUUAUCAAGAGGCUGAGGGGGAGAGUUCUUCGUCAGCCCUUUUGACUUGCGUCCUGCCGUUCCCACCGGAAUAUUUGUCAUCGUGACCUUUGGUAUGAAAGUUUUAAUCUUAUUAUUGUUGCUGUGAGGAAGAGCGCAUGAGUGAUAAUUGUCGACGGUUUGCACUUGCUCCAAUCAAGAGGCAGGAAGGACAACUUAAAGCAAAAAAAAUUUUACAGAGGGCUUCUUCCACUGAGUGUGCUGAGGGAGAGAAUGAUUUGCUCGGUAACAGUGAAGGCCGGUCUGCGGGGGAGGAGUGGCAAGCGGUCCUGUCGCCCGAGCAGUGCCAUAUCUUGAGGCAGAAGGGGACUGAAUAUCCAGGCACAGGUGAAUACGACAAGUAUUUUGAAGAGGGGGUGUACAAUUGUGCAGGAUGCGGGACUCCUCUUUACCGGUCUACAACUAAAUUUAACUCCGGCUGCAGUUGGCCUGCUUUCUAUGAGGGCCUCCCUGGAGCUAUAACCAGCACUCUGGAUCCAGAUGGGAUGAGGACGGAAAUCACUUGCGCUGCAUGUGGCGGCCAUCUGGGUCACGUGUUCAAGGGUGAAGGGUUCCUGACACCGACUGAUGAGCGGCAUUGCGUCAAUAGUAUUUCACUCAAGUUCGUUCCUGCCAACUCUAAUCCUUCCCAGUAAACUUCUGCAGCUAGAUUGAUCAGUCAAGAUCACCGGAUGCGACCUUCAAUUGCUGCUGUUAUCCAAGAUUGUUUGCUUCCGAUUUCCGUACAAUGUACAAUAAGCCCUUCCCAUAAAUCUUCCCGAUCUGGAUCGAACUCGGAUAUUUUGCUACCGUCUCUUGAGUAAAUAAAAGUCGAAAUCCUUUUCUUGUUA